AUGUCCAUCGCCAGCAUACGAGCAUCCAACGCCUCUAUAUUCUCCUCCUUGACCGCACCUACCGCCGUCUUCUUUGGAGGUACCGCCGGAAUCGGUCGAGCCAUGGCCCAAUCCCUCGCCUCCCACACCCAAGGGAACGCUAAUAUCAUCAUUGUCGGACGAAACGCCAAAGCCGCACAGGAGAUCAUCGACUCAUUUCCUCGCCCGUCUUCAUCAGUGACACCCAUCCGGGAAUUCGUCCCUUGCGACGCCAGCCUCAUGUCCAACGUGGCCAGUGCUACAGAGGAGGUGAAGAAGCGUCUUGGGGAAAAGAAGGUGGACUUUCUCGUCCUCACGACGGGAUACCUUACCACGGCGGGGAGGGAGGAAACGACAGAGGGAAUGGAUAAGAAAAUGGCGGUCGCGUAUUAUGCGAAAUGGAAGUUUGUCAAGGAUUUGCUGAGCUCACUGAAGGAGGAGGGAUCCAAGGUGGUGACUGUCAUGGCACCUGGAUACGGUGGGAACAUCGAUAUGGAUGACCUGGACAUGAAAAAGAGUUAUUCCGCCGCAAAAGUGGGGCUCAGAGUGCCAACGUACCUGGAUUUGAUGUCUGAAGGUUUUGCACAGCGGUAUCCCCUCCAUUCAUUCAUCCACGCACAUCCGGGAGCUGUGCGUACGAAUUAUGUUUAUGCGUCACCUUCCGCAGUGUUCCGGUAUACUGCACCGCUCAUCAUGGGUCUGGCCUACCCAUUUUCGAUCCCACCGGAGGAUUGCGCAGAGUAUAUGUGGCAUGGGUCCCUGCAGAAGGCAGCAGGCGCGUUCAGAGUCGGAAGUAGAGGGGAGGAUCUGGGAAAGAAGCGGUACUUUGGGGAUGAAGAACAGAGGCAAAAGCUUUGGGAACAUACAGCUGCGAUGGUGGAAGGGGCGCUGGGGAACAAAUAA